AGCAGGUUUGCUCACAUGUUACAAAACAAAAUGGCAGCCACCAUGGCCUUUCGAUCUCGCUGUGCAAAUUUACGACUAUCGUCACUUAACGCCAUUUCCUGGCGGCAGUUUAGUUUCACAAGGGCAGUGUUUGCAGAAACAAAAGAAGCUAACAAGGAAAAUGGAAGUAAAGCUGGAGAGGAGACUAAGCUGAGUGAACUGGAACAAAAGUUGACAGAAGAGAAGGAGAAACUCACGGCUCAAGUAGCUGAUUUUACCGAUAAGUAUAAACGCGCCCUAGCCGAGACAGAGAACGUCCGAAUGAGAUUCACCAAGCAGCUGAACGACUCCAAGCUCUACUCCAUCUCUGGAUUCUGCAAGGAUCUUUUGGAGGUUGCUGAUAUCCUGGGUAAAGCAACAACCAGUGUUCCUAAGGAUGCUGUGGAUGGAGCGGAUGCUAAUAUUCACCUCAAGAAUCUUUAUGAAGGCCUUAUCAUGACAGAGUCACAACUACAAAAGGUGUUUGCCAAGAACAAGCUGGAACAGAUAAAUCCGGUUAACGAUGAGAAGUUUGACCCCAACGUUCACGAAGCUCUGUUUGAGAUUCCCAUUCCAGGCAAGGAGCCAGGAACCGUUGCGGUGGUAGAGAAAAUAGGUUAUAGGUUACAUGAAAGGACACUUAGACCAGCUUUAGUAGGGGUCACCAAAGCCUCAUAGGACAUGACCUUUGACCUGGUGUGAUGUCAUGAGAAUGAACAAUGCAAUAUGAACAGUGGACAUGGCUUCAUGAUACGAGACAAGCUGUCGAGAGAUUAUACCAGGCCAACCGAGAACAA